AUGGCUGAGACAUAUCACUUCGAGGUGGCCAGCCUCUUCAACAUGAAGGACUUCAUCGCAGUUGUGACAGGAGGCGGGAGUGGAAUUGGUUUGAUGGCCAGUCAGGCCCUUGCAGCAAACGGAGCCAAGGUCUACAUUACCGGCCGAAGCAUGGAGAAGCUGGAGACGGCAGCCAAAGAGCACAACCCCAACUUCAGCAAGUCCGGUGGCCAGAUCAUCCCCAUAGGGCCCUGUGACGUGACCAAGAAGGAGGACUUGGAGAAACUCGUGGUCGACCUGAACAAGAAGGAGAAGUACAUCAACCUUCUCAUGUGCAACGCCGGCGUGUCUGGCCCCAAGGCACCGCCCGAGGAAGAGGACGCCGACGACCUGAAGGCCAAGCUCUGGAACAACGAGAGCGUGGAGGACUGGCAGCAGACUCAGCUUGUUGACGUCACGAGCGUGUAUUUCACCACCGUUGCCUUCCUCCCUCUGCUCCAGGCUGCCAUCGAGCCCAAGGGCCCCAUGGAGCGCUUCGGGGCAUCCGUCAUCACCACCUCAUCCAUGUCAGGCAUGAUGCGCCAUGCUCAGGGCCACUUCGCCUACAACACUGCCAAGGGCGGUACGGUGCAUCUGACCAAGCUGAUGUCGUCCGAGUUCCAGAAGGUUGGAAUCAGGGUCAACUCCAUCGCCCCCGGAUAUUUCCCCUCGGAGAUGACGGCUAAGGAGAGCGAUAACAGACAGAAGAGUCGUGUCCCCAAAGAGAAAAUUCAAGAGAAGGGCCAUGUACCGCUCCAGAGAGCCGGCCGCGAAGAGGAGAUGGGUAUGACUGUUCUGUACUUGGCAAAGAACAUGUACGUCAACGGACAGAUUAUCGCCGUCGAUGGCGGUGUACUCAACGUGCUUGCUAGCUAA